CUCACUAUUAUCGUUUUUAUGGAUGGAGCAGAGAAAGGCUAGGGACUCACUUUCUUGUGACCGAUGUCGUCACAAGAAACUGAAGUGCUCCAAAGAGCAUCCAACCUGUAAGAUAUGUACACAGAGUGGAGCGACAUGCCACUAUAGUGGCAAGAUUAUCAGAUCGCCUCUGACAAGAGCCUAUCUCACGAGCGUUGAGAAACGACUGCAAGGCCUUGAAGCUCUUGUCUCUCAGCUUCUUCCUGGAGUCAACAUCGACGAUGUACUCAGCUCGUCAGACUUCACGGGAGUCUCCCCUCUAGCUGCAGGGCCAUCAACGCCAGAUGUCUUGCGUCCUGCAUUAAUAUCAAGUCCUCACAGCGACUCUAGCCCAGCUGUUUCAAGCGAUCCAGUGCUUCCUGAAGCCGUACCCAGCAAUGCAGACGGUUUCAACUGGCAAGAAGAGGAUGCCAAUGUCGACAGUCUCACCGAUGGGAUGGCUGCGCUUUCUGUCGAGCCCACCGGUGUUGGUUACCUAGGAUCUACUUCUGGUGUCGUAUUUUUGCGGUGUCUACUGGACUGGGCUGGCUUCUUACACCAGUCUCAUGCGCAACCUCAAGAACGGCGGACAGAACGCUCUACUCUCCUCACCGGUGUAUUGGCUUCUGCGCAGAUCUCCCACGCCGCUUUGACGAACCAGAUUGCUUCAACGCUGAUUGAUGCAUACUUCCAGGAGUAUCAUUGCGUCUAUCCCUUCGUGCACGAGGCCACAUUUCGCGCCCAGUAUCAUGAGAUUGUUCCACGCCCAACAAAACGGUCCUGGGAUAUGCUUUACCAUGCCAUUCUCGCACUGGGAGCAUGGAGUCUAAAUAAGGACCGAGUUGGCCUAGAAGACUACCUGUACCGCCGCGCACUUACUCUAGGACAACAUGAGUCGGUAUUUGAGACGGCAAACCUGACCUCCAUCCAAGCUCUGAUUUUGCUCAGUAACUUGAGCCAGAAGAGGAACGCUCCAAACACUGGAUGGAAUCUCCUCGGUCUUGCAGUUCGCAAUGCGCUCAGCGUGGCUCUACACAGGGAAUUGCCCCACUGGAACAUCAGUCUCAUGGAACGAGAGAUCCGUCGUAGGGUGUGGUGGGGACUUUACAUCUUCGACAGUGGUGCUUCGACUACUUUCGGUAGGGCAGUCAUGCUCCCGGACCAGGAUUCGAUGAACGUACAUGCCGUUCUAAAUGUUAGCGAUGAAGCACUCACACCUCAAACGACGGAGCUACCAAUAGAGUCAACAGAGCCAACGCUCUACUCUGCUCUGAGAGCUCAAAGCGAUCUGCAUAUACACACGAAUCAUAUUUCGAACAGGCUUCUCUCGGACCCCGGGUUAUCUGCGGAGGCAGCACUUUCCAUCAGCACAUCGAUGGACGCAUGGUCACAGACCCUAUCAACCUACUUCCAGCCCGACCAUCAAUCCUCCUGCCAACACCGAUGGUAUACAUUUGCCAGGUCACGGAUGUGGUGGAGAUUCUGGAACCUAAAGAUUAUCGUCUUUCGCCAUAUCCUGCUCCGGUACGCCAUCUCUAAGAGAGGUCAGAUCCCAGAUCCUGUCGCACAGGCGAAACAAGAAGAGUGUACAAGAUUGUGUAUAGAAGCUGCCAACGCUACAGUGACGUCAAUACAUCAGUAUGCAGCACAAGGUUUGACUAGGUUGGAAGGCUGGUAUGCCACGUACUUUCUCUUCCAUGCAGCAUUGGUGAUGAGCUUAUGUAUCAUCAGCUUUCCGCAGUCGCCCGAAAUGUCAAUUUGGCACCAAGCGGUCCGCCUCGCGAGAAGUACAUUUCGAGACCACCUCGUUGAAGACUCUCUUUCGGCCCGUUGCGUCGCCAUCCUCGACCAGGUCAUCACUAUUGAUGACAUCGAUGCUGGCGUCUUCCAAGACGUACCACAAUUGGACCGCGACGCUUUGAGCAGUUUCCCCUGGUCUGUCGAGUCGAACGAGUUAUUCAACUCUUUUGACUGGGACCUGACCAACAACGGUUUCUUAACCUGACGCAACCGCUGUCAGGGGCUGGCCUUGAAAAAGCUGGGGACUUCAAUUCUGGAUGGUGACAUCAGGUUUGAUCAGAAGCGACCGUAUCAUCUCGCCGUUCGGUAUGUCGUUCGUCUCUGCUCGCUGGACGGCUGCUUCGUAUGUGGAUUCGAUACCUGCAGCGACAUGACGUGCCGCAAUUCGAUCUCUCACAACUU